AUGUCUAAUCUAAUGCCAUCUAUAGAAAGCUGUAUCGACAAGUUGGCGAUUAAUGAAAACACACAAGCUGAUGAGAGAAAUGCGAAGAAGAGUAAAGAAUAUAUAGAAUGGGAAGAAUACUUCAUGUUGACAGCAAAAGUAACUUCAUUGAGAAGUAAAGAUCCAAACUGCCAGGUUGGAUGUGUGAUUGUAGAUGAAAAUAAGCAUAUUGUCGGAACUGGAUAUAAUGGUUUCCCUGUUGGCUGCAGCGACGAUGACUUUCCUUGGGGAAAAGGGAAUGAAAAUAUCUUAGACGAUAAAUACGCAUACGUUGUUCAUGCUGAAGCGAAUGCAAUAUUAAACAAAAUAAAAGGAGAUUUGAAGGGGACGACAAUCUACACAACUUUGUUUCCAUGUAAUGAAUGCGCAAAGCUAAUCAUCCAGUCUGGGAUUAAACACGUUGUGUAUUUGGAGGAUAGAAACAAAUCUAUAUUUCUAGCUUCCAAACGAAUGUUUGAUGCGGUUAAUUUAGAAUAUCGACAAUAUGUUUUCAUGAAAGAGAAACUGAGUGUGACGUUAUCGAAAUCUGAUUUCCAAUAA